AUGUCGCGCUCCACACGCCGUCGUCGCAUCAACGACAGCGAAGACGAGGACGAGGCGGUUUCCGAUCAGGAUGUCAGGCCCUCAUCACAAAGACGCACGCAGACUUCGCGAACAGACGCAGCUGCUCCUGCCGCUGGUCCAAGUCGUUCGACAAACGGCGAUGAUGCCUUCAACUUUGAUGUCGACCUGCGGCCUCAUCCUCUCAGUCGAGAGCAGGUGCCCAACUUGAAGAACCUCAUGACCGAGCUCCGAAAUCAGGACCAAAACAUUCGACGCUGCAUCGAGCUGCUCAACGAUACCGCCGAACAAGUCGCAGAGGCAUUCCGAACACACGAUGAAUGUGCCGAGCUGCAACAGGCCGAACUCGAUCUGCGCGAGCUCAUCGAUGUGCAGGCCGAGAAGGCCAUCCGACGACGGGUGCUCGAAGAAAUCACACAGGACCUCCAAUCAGGCCUCUCCCUCGAUGAUCCGGCGAAGCGAUACAAGGACGAGGUGCAAGCGCAUCUCGACACGUACAACAAGCAGACGUCUCGGCGCAAGUAUGCCAAGAAUACCGACUUUCACAACUUCAAGAAUGCCGUUUGGGUCGCGCGUGAAGAAGGCGCCAUGCCUCCCGUUCGAGACCUCAUCCCCUCUGAAAACGGCGACGAAGACGACUCGGACGACGAAAUCGUCGCUGGUGGUCAGACUCAAAAUUUCCGCUGUCCACUCUCGGCAAACCUCCUCGAAGACCCACUCACAAAUUCGAAUUGCACCCACUCGUACUCGCGCGCAGCCAUUCAAAACUACGUCGAGGCAGGCAACAACAAAUGCCCCGCUUCCGCGUGCACCGCCGCCGUCUCGAGAAGCUCACUCAAACCCGACCCAGGCCUCGCCAAAAAGGUUGCUGCCUUCAAACGACGCGAGGAAGAACGUGCCCUGGCUCGUCGACAGACUUCCACAAUUCUCUACUGA